GUUCUUGGAGACAAUUUGUUGUCAAUAUGGCCGCGUUCUCACGUUCCUGAUUACUUUUUUGAAAGGUGGAUACAUGUAAUGGUAUUCCUGUGUUUGGUGUGGACCCCAAAAAAGCUUGAUUGAUAGCACUAUUGCAGACAGUUGCGUUUACUGCAGUUAAUAUAUACCGGUAGUAUUUCAGCUAAAUAUGAAUGUUACCAGGUUCUCACUUACAUGUAGGUGAGUCCAUGAGUCCUGGACUCAUGAAAGUCUGUCUGGACUCAUCAUUUUCAAAACUGCAGAAAAAAUUUGACUGUAGUGAUGUCAGACUCCAGUCUCUUAGAGUUACUAUCAGUAACUGAUAAAGCUGUUAAAGCUUUGAACAAAUCUCAUUCCUUGCAUUCAAAUCAGUCUUUAGAAUCAUCAGUGGAGUCAACUAGAAGUCAGUCUGUAGAUAAUUGUAUUAAAAGUCAGAAAGAAAAUAAAAAAGAAGAGCACAAUUGUUAUCUAUCUGAUGUUAGUACAACAGCCAGUGAUGUCCUUAUAAGGUCUACUUUGAUAGAUGAUGAAGGAAAACAACACUUAUCAAGCAGCUUAGUUGCAGUCAGAGGUGGAAAAAAUGAGUCAAAAUGUUCAAAAACAUCAAUAGGUAUAGACAAUUUUAAUAGCUCAGGACCACAGAAAGUUAAAAUGUCUACCAAAAAAUUAAGGGAGAUCAGAUCUCCAUGUGAGGAUGAACCAAACACACCAUUUUCAAAUAUUUCAUCUCAAACUGUAAAUUCUUUGACAAAUGAAUGCUUAGAGAUAUAUUCAGAUGCUAAAGCAAAGCCUUAUGUGACAAGACACUUUAAAGAAAUUAAUUCUCAGUUACAUAUUCCAAUAAAAGAUUCUUCAAUUAAAGAUGAAAUAUUUUCAUAUUGGUCAGAGAAAAACACACCAAAUUUAGAUAUUAUAUUACAAAGCGACAGUCUUGUAACUUCUGAUGAAACUGAACAAAGGCAAUUUGAGUAUGAAAAUAGUAUUUUACUCAGUUCUAAGAACAGCAGCGAAGAUAGUGAAGUUCUUAUUGAGCGUCAUACACCAAAAGUUACAAGAGCUAUAAAAAACAAUCUUGUAGGAAAUAAGGAAGGUUUACAAAUGAGACCUAAACAGUUGGAGUCAAAAGAUAGCAUAGAUUUGAUACCACAUAAAGAAUUAGAAUCAGUGAACUGCAGCUUUUCAAACAGUGAAAAAAUAGAAAUAAUUACUGUUCCUGAAAGAAUUGUAACUGUAUCAGCUAGGACAUCUUUGUCAACAGAAUUAUCUUACAAAGAAAAGGAAGACAUAAUGAUACCUCCAAGAUUAUCUUCAGAGUCACAGCCAGCCAAAAAGGUAUCUAAUCACCUACUAAGACAAGGUGCCCCAGUAGAAGGAAUGGAAUUACAAGACAGAAAGAAACUAUCAUCUGAUGUACAAAUUUCUCAGUCAGCAGUGUUUGAUAGAGAGAAAAUCAAAGAAGCUCUUGCUAAAAGACAUGAAAAUUCUGGACCUGUGAAAAGAGUUAUCCAACCAAAGUUUGUUAAACAUAAGGGUACAGAUUCAACAGAGACAAACCAGACUGACACAGUAACCGCUUCAGUAGCAGCAAGUGUGGCAAUGGCUGCUACAGCACCUUUUCUUAAAGCACAACAAGAACUUGAAAAUAGAAUGAAAGAUAUGUUAUCAAAAAUUGCUGAAAUACAGAAUAGUAGGAAAGUAAAUACAAGUGUAGAAGAUGACAGAGUGAAAGAACUUGAGAGGCAAGUGACAUCACUCACUGAACAAAGAAUUCAACAUUUAGAAAAAUUACAAGAACAUCAAGCUGAAUUACAGGCAAAAAUGUUGUUGAUGACCAGAAGUGCACCUAAAAGAGGAGGAGCAUCUCCAGAGACACAUCUGCAUACUCCUGUCAUAUACAGAAAACAGGGAAUAUCCAGUUUUAGGCCAAAAAAAGAUUUUGACCAGAGUUCAAGUAGAACAAAAAGUACCAGCCCAGCUAGACCAAAAACAACAAGCCCAGCAAGAUCAAAUCACAGCAAAUGGGUGACAGAUGAUCCACGUGAAUCACCAUUUGACACACCAAACCCAAGAAGUAAAGCCCCAAAGCCAGUAGCAUUUAAUUCAUCAAGAAUAAAGAAACAGGAUAAUGAGCUUAUAAAAAACAACCACACAAGCAUGGGUAUCCUUGAAGAAAUACUAGCCUCAUCAGAAUCUCCAAGACAGACAUUUGCAUCACCUCAGCUUCCAAUGUUACAGGCAGAUAUUGAUGAACACCUGUCUAAAUCACCUGAAUUAAGAAAAGCAGAAAAGCUAGUAGGUGACUUAUCUGGUAUAAAUGAUGAUGUCAAGUCACUUGUUCAUGAGGUUGACAGAUGUAAAUUAUUAGAGGACAGGAAAAAAAAGAUUGACACAGAGAAAGACCUGUUACUUGGACCAUCACCAUUAGAUCUUUAUCUUAUUACAUCCUCCCUCAAGAAUAUUUCUACACCAUACAAAUCAGUACCAGAGCUGUCAUUUCAUCAUUUUAAUGCUCCUCUUCUACCUGGAUUCAAUGAAGCAGAACAGGUGUUACAAGAUGUCUCUAAGGCAAGAAAUUGCCUAGAGGCUAACCUGCAAAGUGUAUUAAGGUCCCAACAGGAGUAUGAGGUUUAUACCAUUUUAGAGAAUUUGCAUCAAAAUAGAUCAGAUCCAGAAAGAGCACAUUUGAAACAAAAAAUUGAUAAAUUGGUUACAAAACUAAGACAGCAAGUUGAGAGGGAGAUUACUGAUGAUGUAGUGGUAGCAGAAAUACAAAAAGCCCAUCUUCCUAUCUAUAGAAUACCUCCACCACCAGUUGUUUCUACACAAAUUGUACAAGGCAGAGAAAAAUUGGGUGUGACAAAAACAGUUUCAGGACGGGCUAAACAUGGAGCAAGGAUUAAUUUAGGAGUAGGCAGGAGACAACCUGGAAACGAAAACAAACAAGAUGUGGUUAAACCUAUAAAGAAAGAUUCCAGGAAUUUAUACGAAGAUGAAGAUUUUAUGAACAGAGUUUAUGGAAAAACCAGAUUCCAAGGAAAGAGGACAAUUGCAAAAGACCCUUAUCUUCACUUCAAAACUGAACCAAAACAGAAAGUAGAACAACCUCAAGGAAUGACUUAUACUAAAGGACAUACAGUUAGAUCAACUAAGUCACAAACAUCUGUUGGAAUAAAGCAGUUUUAUUUCAAUCCAACACAUGGAACUUAUAUACCAGUCAAUACCAAUGUUACAUCAGGGCCUAUUCCUGGAAGUCUUAUUCCAAUGGCAAUACCACUUGGUGGACCUAGGAUGGAAGGAGGAUUAACAGCUCCUGUUACCAUGGCAACACAAGGGGGUCUAAUUACAUCCACUCCUGUGUCAAAAAUUCAGGUCACAGCUGAAAAAAACUUUGCUCUGAUAACAAUUCCAGCAAAAGAAAAUAUAACUAAUCAAAGGAGAGCACAAGAACUUUCAAAACAGGUAUUACCUAAUGUUGAUAUUGAUACAGAUUUAUCUGAGAUGUCAGAUAAACAUAUGCACAAAAUAUCUGUGCCUACAUCACCAAGGUCAGAGCAAUCAAAUUUCAGAAGACCAUCACCAACCAGAUCAGAGAAACAAACAGAUCUGACUAAUAAGAGAUCUGAACAAUUGUUAGAUAGAUCAAAUUAUAUUCAGUCUCUGCAUUAUUCUCCAAAAGACAAAUAUCAAGAUACUAAUAAGGAUGAAGAUUUAACAGAGUUAUCAGAAGUGGUAUAUGAUGAAGAUUUCUCACCGGAAUCUGCACCAGGAAUUGAAUUACCAGGUUACAAUGAACCUUCACCACCAACUCAAAGGGAAUCCUUCCAACCUGAUAUUUCUGGUCAUAACAGAGUAAUUUGGGUCUCAGAUCAAAUAGCAGAAGAUAUUAAAAGACAAGAAGCAUUAGAAAACAAGGCUGUAGAAUGGGUGGAACAAGAGUUGAUGGCCAAAGUAAUAUCGCAGAUGUCAACAAAAAGAACAAUUGAAACACCUCAUAUCAGCCAUUUUGUUGAGGAAGUUGAAGAAAGUGUUUGUAGUGAUCAUGAAAAUUCUAUGUUUUUAAUGGAAGCGCUUGGUCAUAAAGGACUUCAAUUGUUUAUUGAUGCUGGUCAACCUGUAGACAUGUCCUUGGUUAACUCAUUAGUCAAAGAAUGUGUACUUGAAAAAGUCUUCAGUUUGUUAGGGAAGAAAUCUGAUGAUGCACAAACUGGUAUGGCUCAUACAGAGAUUAGAAUAUCCACAGCUAGUAGCACAGAACAUGAACAAAUCAGAGGUUUACAAAAGGAUGAAUUUGAUAACAGACAUGUUAACACUCCCAAGCCAACACCAAAAUCCAGUCCAAUAAUGUCACCUGUACAAAUGAAAUUGCCACCUUCAACACCACCAAACUCACCUCCUAUAGGCCAAGAAAUUUAUGAUAUUAAAAAGUUUGAAGUGAUUAAACCAGAAUAUGAGUCAGAGUUAUCAGAAUCUAUUGAUAUAAGUGAAGAAAUGAGACAGUUGCAAGGGAAAUUAUCAAGACCAGAAGAAAAAGUGAUGACACAAGAGAUCCAUACAGUAGACACCCCAGUUACAACUCCAGUUCCAGAGGAGGAUAUAUUCAAAGAACAGAGAUCAAUGAGUCCCCUACCAUCAACUCCAAGCAAGGAAAGAAAGGAAUUUGUAAUACCAUCAGUACAGGCUCAAGGGACAGAAGUUACAGAUGAAUGCACACAAAUGCCAGAGACUGCAGCAGAAAUGAAAGAAUCAGCUGUUGAAACAGUAUUACCUGAACCAUGGGGUGAUCCUUAUUUACCAAUACCAGAAGAAAAUCCUGAUUUUGAGAUGGAAUUUGUUGAUCAUCCAAUUCCAAUUACUUUGUGUUCAGCUCCUGCAGAUGACAUGGUGGGUACACAGUCCCUUAUUUCUGUACCUAGAUCUGGUUCUCCCAAAACCAUAACUCCUAACGGACAGUCUAGUCCAGUUCCAUCUGAUGAUAGUACUACUCUGCAGUCGAGUGUAUCUGACACUUUUAACCAGAGUGUGUCAAUGGGUCAGUGGUUACUCAGUAAAAGUGAAGGUGAAGUGGCAGAUUAUAUAUUGGAUGAUGAUUUGAGACAAAGAAUAGCAAAGUCAACAAAACACAGGGGAGACUGCAGUAUAGCAGAUACACUAAAAGACACCACAGAACUAGUAGAUGAAUCCAUGGAACCAUUCAGCGAAGGAGAAUUCCAGUAUCGUACAGACCUUUCACCAGAAAAGGAUCCUUUACUUAAUUUCAUAGCAAGCCUUCAAAAAACACCACUUCAAGGACAAUUUGCAAUGCCUGAGGACCAUGUUCACCAGAUUUUAAAUCAAUCAGGAAAAAGCAUUGGGGAAAUAACAAUGGUAGGGCAGAGUGGUGACCAGCCAUCUAGAGAUCAAAUCAGUUUAUCACCAAUGUACAGAGAUACAAAUUCUAGAAUAUCGACCUUUGAUUUAGAGCAGAAAAACCAGUCUCUAGAGCAAAGAGAAAAGAGGUCCCAGAGAGAUGGCAAUAGAUUUCCAACUCAGAUUUUAAAAAGAAAUGUUUAUUCACCCACAAAGGAGAUGUCACAUGAACUUUAUUAUAGUAAUGGAUUCUUAAAUCAAGAUUUAAGCAUGCAAGAUUCAGCUGUGAUAAAUGAUCAGAAAAGAAGUUCAGUUGAAUUUAAUGAUAAACCAGAAAUUCUAUCUGGAAGAAGACAACAAGAUAAACAUCAUAUUCCCUCAGGUGGAAUAACUGUUACUCAAGGUGGCUUAAUGCCUGGUGGUCGCUCUGCAUUGAAAUCUGCAAUGCGUAAACCUCCCCAGAUAAAACAAUCUGUGGAACAGCCAGAUAGAUCAGUUGGCAUGAACCAAUACAAUGCCAUCCAUGUUAGAAGUUCAGACAAAGACAUAAAAGACUCUUUUGAAGGAUCUCAGGAUCAACUGAGUUCACAUGCAUAUACUCCUGAUCAAAUGCGUUUGGAUACUCUUGUGCAGUCUGGUUAUCUGACACAAUCCCUUACUUACUCAGGGGAGCUUAUUCAGUCUGGACAGUCAAUAGACAGAAGUACUUACAGAGAUUCAUCAGAAUACAGAUAUAUGAAUCCAUCAAGAACUGAAAGAGGCCAGUCUCUUGGACUUACUUAUUCAUUUGAAGAAGAAGAUAACUACAAGAAAAGUGAUAACAUUGAAGAGCCUGUUAAAUUAAAAAUGUCUGUUACAUUACCAACAACAGAAGAUUCGAAUGAUGGCAGUCAGCUAUCUGAAAUUGACAUUACAGAUAGAAAUACAAAAUAGAAAUUAUACCCUUGUCCAAAACUGUCAGAGAUAUAUGGUAAUUUUAUUUUCAUUUAACAUCUAUCUGUUGCAUUACUAAUCAAUUUUAAAUGUCCUUCCUCAAUGUUGAGGUGAAUGAACUAUUUCUGCAUUGUAAACAUCUCAUUCUUCAACUGUAGUAUUCAUUUUAUUAUUGAGCUUAGUUUAAAUUGAUAGGGAUAAGUUUUAUUUUCACAAUAGCUAGGGAAAAGCAUACAAUGUUGAUAUCCCACAGUUGUUUUAUUUAUCUAUUUAUAUGUGAUUUUCUACUAUGGCAUCAUUGUAAUACAGAAUGAAUAUUAUAAGGUUUAUUAUGCUUUUUCUUAAAGAGACUUUAAAUUUAUUCUUUUACUUCAGUAGAAUUUGUGUUGUGAUAUUACUUUGUGUUAAAUGGAAUAUAUAGUUGAGGGUUGUAUUCUUAAAUUUUACUGAAACCCUUUCUUGAAACAAGAAUAAGCAAAUUGGUACUUUCAUUUCAUUUCUUCAUUUAUGGGUAUGAAAAAAAAUUGAAUUCUUGGGGUUCUUUGAUAUGCUGAAUAUAACCGUGUAUUUAUAUUUUGUAUAUUGGACCACAGAGCUGUAUCAAUACUUGCCCCAACUGUUCAGAGUUCGACCUCUGCGGCCGUAUCAAGCUGCGCCCAGCAGAGCAUUUCAUUUAUAUUAUUUAGAAACAGUUAUAUAAUAUUAUAUAGGAUCUAUACCUUUUUGAACAAAAAAAAUUUGGAGAAUAACGUGCUAAUAUAAGUACUGUUAUACUCAAUUAUAAACAAAACUAUGUCACAAUUUGUAUAAAAGUUAUGUUCGGUUAGUACUCCCAUGGAAGUAAAAUGAGAAGGAAUAACAACGAUAAAUUAGUAUGUAUUAAUGACCUGCAGAGCUCUGUACUAAAGUCAUAUGAUUUUAUCCAAUUAUUGUCUCAGCGACAAGACCCCUUUGAUUACUAUCUGUGAUACCGGGAUUGUAAAAUUUCUUAUCGAGAACGGUAAUUAUAAAGCACCUGUGGAAAAUCAUAUAAUACUUCCAUGGUACUCCCCACCACUGCUAGAAAAGAUUGUGAAAAGUUGUUCCUAAGAAAAGAAAAGAAAAGAUGUUUCAGAGUUAAACACAAGAGAUUUUGUAAUCUUCUUGCUUUGUAUUUGUACAGACUUUGAGACGUUUCAUACCCAGGUAAAUUUUCACUGUGAGGCAUUUUACAUCUUGGUAAAUUGUGAUAGCAAGAUGUUUCAUACCUCAAAUAAGACUUUAUAUUAUGUGAAGAUGUAAAUUUAAGUUGAUAGGGAAACAUUUUUCAAAGGAUAUUCAAAGAAAAUAUUAUCUGAAACCUGAAUUUUGACUUUCUGUCCUACAUCAGAUUGGGCCACGAACCCAGGCUAGAAGAAACCUUGUUCCGUGAUAUUGGACUCAUUCAUAAAAAGUAAAAUAACACAAAUACCGAACUCCAAGGAAACUUCAAAACGGAAAGUCCCUUAUUAAAUGGCAAAAUCAAAAGCUCAAACACAUCAAACGAAUGAAAAACAACUGUCAUAUUCUUGACUUAAAACUCAGUUGAAACUUCCUGUUUGCAUAAUUGUCACCGAAACAAAAGUAGCAUAAUUGUUUCCUGAGGGAUUUGAAACUCAUGUUUAUUAAAUAGUUCUAUUUUAAGGUGUUGUAUUCUACAAAUUGUUAUGAAAAGUUUUUACCAAAACAAAUGAAAUGUCAUUUAUUUUCUCCCAACACUUCGUUCGUCCGAAAAUAAAUAUCGUCUUUCCUUAAUAAAUAAUGACAGACACAGUAUAUAGGACCAUGGAAGUAUUAUUUUUAUUGACCCUCAUUUUACUUCCAUGGGAGACCAAGAAUUUCAAGUCUCUUUAUCUAUUGGUCUCAGGUGUAAUGCAGGAACUAUAAGGGAAAAGUUUUUUAGAGGAUUUUUAUCAUGUUUAUUUAUCAUAUAUCUUCUGUUACAAAAAAUAUUCUCCUUUUAAAAGAACUGCAUUUAUAUGCAAUUGAUUUAUAUCAAGUUUUUUUUUCUCAACCACAAUAAUGGAAGACCAAAUACGAUUUGAAAUAAUGCAUACAAAUAUUCCUCUUUCUGAUUUCGACUAUGCAACCAAAUAUUCCUCUUUCUGAUUUCGAUCAUGCAAACAAAUAUUCCUCUUUCUGAUUUCAAUCAUGCAUACAAAUAUUCCUCUUUCUGAUUUCGAUCAUGCAAACAAAUAUUCCUCUUUCUGAUUUCGAUCACUCUGAUUUGUUUGUCACUUACAAAUAUAUAUUUGCCUUAAGAGAUGAAAUUUGUUUUCAAAAUUAGAUCAUGCUAAUAUGAAUUGUAUCGAAAAUAUACAGGUAAAUAAAUAUUUCAUAUUUGAAA